AUGGAUUUUGUCAAGUCUCAAUUUGAAGCUGCUUUAGCUUCAAAACGUCCAUUAACAAAAUCAGGUUUAACAUCAUUAAUUGAUUCUAUUGAACAGACACAAUUAUCAACAUUAUAUCGUUGGUUAUUUCAUCGUUUAAAUGAUCAUUUAAUUUAUUUAGCACGUCAUAAUCAACAUAUAGAUUUUUUUCUUUCAGCACGUCAAUUAUCAUUUUAUUUACAUGAACAUUUUAUCAAUAAUUAUAUAUCAUCACAAUCUUCAGCAAUAAAACAAUUAAAUCAAAUUUUAAAAAAUCUUCAACAACAACAAACAUUAACAUUAAGUGAACUUAAUCAAUGGAAACGUUCACAACCAGGUUUAAAAAAUGAUGAUCUUAUAUUACAUUGUUUAUUUAAUAAUUCACCACAAUUACUUUUAUCACAUGAAACAAGUUUAUUUCUUGGUGAUUUAUUUCGUGUUGCUUUACAUACAUGUGUACAAAAUUUAGCUGACAGAGAUAAUAAAACAUCAUUAAAAAUAUUAUUUAGUCUUGGUUUAGCACCAUUAGAUAUUAUACAACGAAUUAUGUCUACAACUGUUUAUUCUCAUUUAAGAACAUAUUGUGCACAAUAUUUAAAUGAUUUUGGUGAAGAAUUUUAUUUAAUUAAUCAAGAAAUAAAUACAUUAAAUUUUUUAAAUCAAUUAAAACAAUUAUAUACAAGUGAAACAAUAUUAGAUUUAAUUGAUAGUAGAAAACAAUCAAUUGAAUAUUGGAAUAGAAUAUUUUCAGUCGUACCAUUAAUAACAACGUUUACUUGUCGAGAUAUUGUACCCAAUUUAAAACAACAGUCUCAAGCAAUAACAUCAUCAAAACGAAUUGCAUAUAUGCAAUUUACUUUUGAUUGGUUAUAUUCAAUUAUGGAUAAAGAUAAUGAAGAAGAAAAACGAUGGUUAUUAACUACAGAAGGUCGACAUUUAAUUGGUGAAGUACCACUUUUUUCAUCGAAAGGUAUUGCUUAA